AAAAACGCACGCAAGAGGUAACUGGCUGCUUGCUCAUCAGUCUAUUGUACCUUUGAUCUCGAUCUGAACUUCCAGCUUCAAAAUGACCCACGACGCUGUUUGGUUCUCUCGCCCCAGAAAAUUUGGAAAGGGCGCCCGUCAAUGCCGUCUCUGCGCCCACCAAGCUGGUCUCAUCCGCAAGUACGGUCUCGACCUUUGCCGUCAGUGCUUCCGCGAAAAGUCUGCUGCCAUCGGUUUCUUCAAGAACCGGUGAUGGAUUAAUCCCUUUCUUCGCACAUAUGAUACUUGUUCCCCUAUUUUCUGUAUGCGGUCUUAGACGGAUAUGCUUUCCAAUGUUCAUCGUUCUUCCAUCCAGAGGUCGGGGGUUCAUAGCCCAAUCAUGAUAAAUUUACUUCUGCAAUGCGCCCAUCGAUUCAGAGUAAUUCAGAUGUCUGUACGAAGGAUCAUCUUGGAGCCUUGACCUCUUCGCAAGUGUAUAUACCGUUGAAUACGUUACGUCGGCCUCUAAAUCGAUGAAGAUUGAAUUUGUUACCAUUCCAAAC